AUGCCGGAAAGACGCCCGACAUCCAGCGCCAACGCCAAUAUCAGCACCAAGACCAAGACCAGCACCAGCACCAGCACCAGCACCAACACCAGUCAUCGGCUGACGGCUGUCCAGACCGGAGAGGCGGGAGGAGGCGGAUGA